UAGGGUUUAUCGGUUUUGGUUCAUCUAAAGCUGUGUGUGUGUGGAGUCUCUCUCAAUCUCCUAAGCUCAACUGUUCUUGCAAAGUAUGCCUCGUACGACGACGCUUGAUUGCCCUGGCUGUCCUCCGCUUCGUGCCCUAACUUUCGAUGUUCUUGGUCUCGUUAAAGUCAUUGAAGCUCGGGGCAAGGAAGGAGAAAUCCCCAAAGUUGUUGAGAGAUGGGGUGAACCUGAUUUCUCCAAAUCCGUGCUUGCAGCUUCUCUUGCUGAUCGUAAAUUCGACCCUUUAUUAGCUGUUGCCCGAAAAAAUGGCCUGAUUGAAGUUCUUAAUCCUUUGAAUGGCACUCUUCAUGUUGCUAUUUCGGACAAUACCGAUACUUCCCCUCCACCAAAAGAUGAAGCCAUUGUUGGAAUGCAUUUAUUUUCAAAAGAUGAAUUGGAGGUGGAAUCUAGGAGGUGCACCUUGCUUUCAUGUACAACAAAAGGAAAUGCAAGCAUGAGGUCGAUUGAAUUUUCUAGUUCAUCGUCAAGAGAUGCCUCUACCAAUCUUGUAAAAACGUGGAAAGUAUGUGGUUCUGGUGAUGUUAUGUGUUCUAAAGUUGAUGGAAGCGAAACCCAUGCAUUGUUUGGAGGGAAGGGUGUUGAAGUUAAUAUGUGGAAUCUAGAACAGUGUACGAAGAUUUGGACAGCAAAAGCACCGAAGAAGAACAACCUUGGAAUUUUCACACCGACUUGGUUCACUUCAGCAACAUUCCUUAGUAAACAUGAUCACCGUAAGUUUGCAGCGGGUACAAACAGCCAUCAGGUUCGAUUGUAUGACAUUUCUGCUCAAAAGAGACCUGUCAUCUCAUUUGAUUUUCGAGAAACUCCUAUUAAAUCCUUGGCCGAAGAUGUUGAUGGUAACACAAUAUUUGUGGGGAAUGCGUCUGGUGAUCUUGCAUCUUUUGAUAUUCGCAAUGGAAAGUUAUUAGGUUGCUUCUUGGGGAAAUGUUCUGGGAGCAUAAGAUCCAUCGCCAGGCACCCGGAAUUACCAGUCAUAGCUUCAUGUGGACUAGAUAGUUACGUGCGCUUCUGGGAUAUAAACACAAGGCAACUUCUGUCUGCGGUAUUCCUAAAACAGCAUCUCACCGGUGUCGUCUUUGAUUCUCAUUUUGUGGGAGAAGACGUAACACAAACUGCCGUAGAGUUAAUCCAACAGGAAACAGAGGCAGCUCAAACUGUCAGUGAGGAAGAACACGUGCCUCGGAAAAGAAAAAAGUCAUCUAAAGAAGACGGUGAAGGCAGAAAAAGGAAAGGUAGCAAGACCACAAACAAAGAAAGUAAAAAAAAGCAGAAGGAAGUCACAUGGCGAAGCUGAAAGAAAGCGGAGGUAGUGGGAGUUACAUUCAAAUGAAGGAAAGAUGGUUUAGAAUAUGUUAUUCUUGGUUCUUGAGAAAGCAGAAAGGUAUUCUUCUUCUGAUCUAUUCAGUUAGCAAAUAGUGUUGGAAAUUGAGGGUACAAGAAAAAGUUAUUUAUCUCAUCAAUGCAUUAUUUUGGCCCAAAUCAUGUGUGUUAGAUAUGCAGGCUCCAUAGUUUUUGGAGUUUUGUCCUGCGAAGUAGGAAUGAUUCCAAUUCGAAGCAGUUCAAGGAGGGCUCCCAUGUAAACUCUUCUUUUUUAUUUUUAUUUUUAAAAAAAUUUUAUUUAUACCAUAUUACUUGAGGUUAGAAGUAUUUGAGUAGAAUACGUAUAACGUUUUAGAUUUGCCCCUUCAUUUUAGGCCUAAUUAUUGGAAAAUUGGGGCACCUUAUGCUUAACUUAUGAGCUCAUCAAUUGUCGAGGAGAAUUCGGCAAGUCCUUGGAAUAUUAUUGUUUUUUUUUAUAUAGUAAUAUAUAGCACCGGUUUGUAUUUGUGAGUUCAA